UCCCCCCGAUCCCCCCUUGCGCGGGUGUAAACAAAGAUGGCCGCCGGGUGUUGCGGCGUUUGAACCCUCGGCCGUGCAUGGGGACCCCUGGCGCCUGUCCAUCCCUGUCCGCCCAGUGUGAGGAGGCGACAUGCAGCUGCUCAAGCCUCCGUGGAUCAGCCAUGACGGAGGGAAGGCCAUCUUCAGCGUGGAUCUCCACCCCGAUGGGUCUCGCUUUGCCACCGGGGGCCAGGGCCAGGACUCCUCGGGAAGGGUGGUUGUGUGGAACCUGAAGCCUGUGGUGCAUGACAAGUAUGAGGAUGACGAGAAGGUGAGGAGAAGGAGGACUGAGGUCCCCAAGCUGCUGUGUCAACUCGACCAGCAUCUCGGGUGUGUGAACAGUGUGCGCUGGUCCUGUGGCGGCCGCUUCCUCGCCUCCGCCGGGGACGACAAAGUUAUCAUUAUAUGGCAACAGAGCAGCUACGGGGGUGGCGCGGUGUUUGGUUCUAAUGUGGUGAACGUUGAAUCAUGGCGUAGUGUGGCAACCCUGCGGGGCCACGAGGGGGACAUCCUGGACGUGGCGUGGUCCCCCGGCGACGUGUGGCUCGCCUCCGCCUCCAUCGACAACAACGUCAUUAUCUGGAAUACGGCGAAGUGGCCAGAACAAGUGCGGGUACUGCGCGGACACACUGGACUGGUGAAGGGCGUGACGUGGGAUCCGGUGGGCCGCUACCUCACCUCUCAGGCAGACGACAAGAGUCUCAGGAUCUGGCGUACCACCGACUGGACCACCGAGGAGAGGAUCGUCGAACCCUUUACCGACUGUGGCGGCACAACCACAGUCCUACGGCCGAGCUGGUCCCCCGACGGACAGUACCUCGUCUCGGCGCAUGCCAUGAACAACGGUGGACCGACCGCUCAGAUCAUCGACCGAGACGGCUGGAACACCGACAAGGACUUCGUGGGACACCGCAAACCGAUAACCUGUGUGCGCUUCAACCCCAACAUCCUGAAGAAGGCAGACUCCAAGACCGGGAAGAGCGUCCAGUACUGCUGCGUUGCCAUUGGCUCCCGGGAUCGCUCCAUCUCCAUCUGGUUCACCUCCCUCAAGCGUCCGCUGGUGGUGGUGCAUGACAUAUUUGAUGACUCGGUCCUGGACUUGUCGUGGAGCAGCUGUGGCCGCUACCUGAUGGCCGUGUCCAAAGACGGCACGCUGGCCUUCAUCAGCUUCUCCACCGACGAGAUUGGCUGCCCGCUAUCAGAGGACGAGACUAACAACCUUCACAUCAAGCUGUACGGGAAGUCAGCCCAGACCUCAGCGUCCUCCGUCAACCCGACAAUUAUUGAAAACCCGGAGCUGCUACGUCUGAGGGAGGAGGAGAAGGCACGCUCCAAGGCUACAGCUUCCAGUGAACAGACCCCAAGGCCUGCUCCGCCCACCCCGCAGCGUGCACCCAUCAACAAGCAGAUUGAGACCAGAACAGCUGAUGGCAAGAGGAGGAUCACACCAAUGUUCAUCCCCCCCAUUGAAGGCGUCGAGACCCCCAACAAGUCCUACGAGGCAAGCUUCUCCUCCAGCCAGCAGGAGAAGAGCAAGAUCGUCGUGGAGAAAGUGGAUGAGGUGGUGAAGCCCAAUGUGUCCAGCAGCCGCCCGCCCGCAGCCUUCAGCUCCUCCUCCACCGGCUCUCCCAGCAAGGGCACACCGCUCCCUGCAGAGUUCAACGGUGCCCAUGCCAGCCUGCCCGCCCGGUUUGGAAAAUCUGCGGAGACAGUCGAGAAGCAGUCUGACGCGCCGACCCCCACCGCCCCGGGCACCAUUGCAGUCAAACGGAAAUAUGAUGAUACCCCACAGUCCAGCGUAUCGGUGAAGCGGAAACGCGGCCGCCCUCCCCUGUACGACCGCUCCUCCGCACAGCCCGCGCCCCGCCCCCCAUCACCCCCAGCCGCUGCACCCCCGCCGUCCGCACAGGUGUCGGUCGCCCCCAAGCAAGUGGAGGUGGCGCUGGUGCUUCCCGAGGCUUCCCUGUCAAAGUCCGCCAGAAUACAAAUCCCCGGCGAGACAUCCCGAGACAUCCCUCCCAUGCUGUUGGUGGUGGAGAAUGACUACCGCGCCGGCAGCUCCCUGACCAGCGGCACCCCUAGCCUGCACCGGGUCAGCAAGAUGCAGGUCAACAUUGUGAGCUGGGUGACCUUCCUUACCUCCAGGGUCACCACGGCCACAGCCACUGCCACCACCGCCGCCUUCACCUGCCAGGACAAGUCACUACACAUCCUGGACAUCAAGACGGGUGAGAUGCUGCUGCCCCCCCUUAAGCUCCAAGGCCGCUCCUCUCAGCUAUUCGUGCAGGAGAACUCCAUCAUCGUGCUCACCACCGACGCCACACUCACCAUCUGGGACCUGCAGAAGAAGAAGCGGAUUCUCUCGGAGUCGAUCAGGCACCUAGUGGAGGGCCAGAGUGGAGGCGUCAAAUCCGUGCAAAUAACUCCCGAGGGAACGCCAGUGCUGCUGCUUACGUCAGGGGAGGCCUUCACCCGGUGCCCCGAGCUGGAGGUGUGGCUGCUGCUGGGGGAGUGUGCGAGUGUGCGGCGCGUGGUGCAGCCAGAGUACACCAUGCUGCCGCCCUGCCACCCCUCGGACGCCACCGCCAAGCCCCUCACCAGCUUGCUCCACCAGACAGCAGCCUACUCUGGGUCCUCGCGUGUGUCCCGGCCAGUGAUCUCAGAUGACGCGCGGCUCAGCCUGACGGAGGUGUUCAUCAACCGCAUGCUGACGUCGGCGCAGUACCUCAAGUCCGCGCACGACUACAAGUUUUGGCUGAAGCGCAAGAUACAGUUUUUCAUCAAGGAAGGGCUGGAGAAGAAGCUGAGGGUGAUCUUUGAUGACCUGCUGGGGCCCAAGCCAAGCCGCACGGCAGGUCAGGUCGAGGAACAGUGUUGGAUGCCAAAAGUAAUGGACUGUGAUAAGAAGAGUCUGUUGGAAGAGUUCCUGAGAGAAAUAUUACUCGCCAAAAACUCGCUGCAGCUCCAACGGCUGUAUGCUGAGUACAAGGAGCAGCUGGACGCCAGUGCCGUGGACAUGAUCUAGUGCAGUGUGUGCCCAAGACUGUGUGCAAGAGUUGGAGCGUUUGGGGUGUGUUUAGUGUAGUAGGCGUUGCAGGAUAGCCCUGUGCAGCAAACCCUCGAUUUAAUGAAAAUUAGUUUUUCUUUUAUAAACUUUUUUAUGCCUUUCAUGUUGGGACUUGCCACAACUGUAUAUUUUGUAAUGAAUGUAAUCAACAGUUUUUUUUCUUGUACAAUAUUAAUUAGUGCAAAUAAUUUCUUUGUUUUAUACUUUCUGCAUUACCUUAUAACUAUCAACACAUUUGGAUACGACAGACUUUGAGGUGCAGCCGGCCGCCUGGUGGGCCCGGGCCAGUCUGUUAAGCUGAGGGUUUGCUGCACUACCUUUGAUACUUGCUUUUCUCAUACAUGUAGAAAAUGUGAUUUUUAUUCCUUCAGGUUUUAUGAAUGAAUAGUUUUAGGAUUUGUGAUUGAUGUACGUUUUGCUUUGAGCUGCUGGCCUCGGCCCAGCGGCCAUGUUCACUCUUACUGUCAGGCUGGCCACCCGUCGGUCCAUGGCCGUGGUCCGUGUCCGGGUCCACAGCACAGUUUUAAGGUGUGAAAGGUGCCCUUGAAGUCACCUUACUGAACUUUUGAGGCAGGACAUUAUUUAGAAGGAAAAAAAUAGUUUGAGUUCUGGCCAUGGCAGGGUCUGGGGCGCUCCUCAGCCUGUUGUGUGUUCAGUUUUUCCCUGCGGUGGACACGGACCACAGACGCCCGGGCGCCCGGCCGCAGCAUAACUGCCCGUUGCUCAUGUGUGAGGGUGUUGGCGGUCAGCCGUCCUCCGGAUAGGAGGAUGUGUUGGCCUGCUGCGGAUCAUCCAGGUUGUGGAUGCAGAGUUGUCAAGCUGAAGUUCAAUUAGACCUCAGAGAGUAUGACAUUGUAAUCCAUUCUUUUAUCACUGCCAUUGACAUCUUUGCCUUAAUUAAGACAGUUCAUAGUGUAGAAAGUUGUGAUUGCUUCUGACACUGCCUAGUAUACUCACAAACUGCCAUUUGUUACAAUUUUCUGCACUGCCAGUGACAGCUGUCCAUGGAUGGCCAUCUAGGAGGGACUGUGUUAGAGGUGUUAGCUGUAGGGAAGGGAAGGGAAGUGAGUGUGUCAAAGACUUACGUCGCCAGUGUUGUGAUCAUACGACUUUUCACUUCUGUGAUUCCGAGGGUGUUGUUGCCCCGGGCCUGGAGCAGCCGCCCCCGGACUGGGUCUUGUAGGUAGUGGUGCCUGAAGCGCUGAGAGGCCCCCCAGUGCUGCCAACCUCAGCGCUUCAGCACAAGAGUACAUCCAAGUUCAGGCAAUCCUCAUUACAUGGAUGGGAUACUUUCCUAAAUCUCUUCUAACAAUAAUUUCAUGAAUAAUAAAAAAAUCAAGGUAACAUAGAGGAGCUGUAUUGCCCCCUCCUCCCCCUAAAAUACGCCAGGCACCCUGCACACAUACAGCAAGUGGUGUUGGUGCAGGCAGCAUUUUUCAGCUGGCUUGUGUAAAUGAUAAAACUGCAAAUGGAUAGCAAGUUUGCAUAUAACACCCAUGCAUGUGGCGAGGCUUGCCUGUUAUGUGUCUUGUCAGUAGAGCGUCCCUUUGUAGAGUGUGCAUGAGUGAAUGGAUGGUCUGUUGAGAGUUGGUGGAUGGUUGAAUCUCCCUAGGAAGGAUAAUUUGACCAUCUUGCAUCAGGUCAGCAUGGAUGUUAUGGUAAGCCCUCGAUUCCUUGGACCUCAUGAGUACAGGGGAGGGGGGGACUAUGUACAAAAAUUGGUGAGAAUCUGAAUUUUCUGAAGCAAGUUUAAGUACAUCAAGCAACCCGGUGCAGAGAGUCCUCCUCCCUCAACAAAGAACUAUAAAAGGUCUCUACGAGCGGUCCAGUACAAGUGAUGCAUUGGUAAGCACAACAAUGUACUUCAAAUGCCCACAAAAACUGUAUAAUCGCAGCUCUGUAAACAUUGAAAUUCGGCAUAAAAUGAUCUUACAUAAAACCACGAAAACGCACCCAAGGGAAUAAGCCAAAUUACUGAUGCACAUAAGGAAAGACUAGCGAGUGCUCUGUAAAUGUGAAUAAGUACAAAUAUCAUGCAACCAUCUGAACUCCAUAACUUUGCCUGGAUUCAGAGUCUGACAAAUCGAGGUAUAAUGCUGUACGUGGUGUGGCUAUUUUGCACCGCCAUGGAGGAGUACCCAGUGUUCAUGUGUGUGAGGAAGGAGUGCCGAGUGUACCGUUAGAGGUCAUUAGUGUUGUAGCAAUCCCGUACCUGUGUUUUUAGUCAAUAUGUACUUUUGUCCGUCAACUUCUGGAACCUAAGCCGUGGUCACUACAGGUUCAACUUUGAUAUGGUGAAUGUUUAGACUAGAAGACAUUUCCUUUUGUUGUUGUUUCUGUCCUCAUAAAUGUGUUUCUUAGAUCCGUAUUACAAGUCAAAUCAGAGAGUUUCAGGUCCCUACUAAGGUCGGUUUAGGGGCUGUCCAAUCCGAGAAGUUUCAGGUCCCUACAGUUACUCACCCCAAGCUCUGUAGGGACCCGAAACUUCUUGGAUUGGACUUGUAGUACGGCCCCUAAACCGACCUUUGUAGGGACCCAAAACUUCUCGGAUUCGACUUGUGACACGAUCCAUAGAUUUAUACUCGACAAAGCAGAGGAAAUAUUAAGUAUACAGCUUGUGUUGACGUUGGUGGUUUUCUUUCUCUGUGUCAAAUUUGAAUGUUUAGAGUCAAUAUUUGUUACACGAUGCAUUUGACAGACUUUUAUACAGCUUACUUUUGUUGAGUGGUUGAAAGUUAUCAAAUCUUACUUUUCUGAAUGAGGAUCUUAGGCAGUUUUAUCAGACAUUUUUUUUUAUAUUCUUAUCAUUAUAUUUUGUGUGUACUGAAUGUGUCAAAUUGUGGAGAUUAUACAUAGUCCAGAAGGUG